GAAAACCCAACAAAAAUAUCAGUAUCACUCGCUCUUUCCAAACUCAGACGCGCAGAGACUCGCAGAACUCACGUUCACCCUCUGUUUCAUGUACCAGUAAUGGCAACACAUGAACAAGAACAAGAACGAGAGGACCAAGAACACCCCCCAGAGCAAGAACCAGGAGGCAACAGGAAGGAGAACGAGAACGAGAACUGGAGCCUCUCGCUCGCCACCUACUUGGGCCUCAGCUUCUCAUUGUUCUUGGCGCAUUUGCCCAGGAACGCGCUGACCCUUUUACCUAACCUUCAGACCCAGGUCAAAGGCCUCUCCUUUGCGCUCCUUCAAGCCGAGGACCAGCUGAGGCAGAUGAGAUCGAGGAGGAAGGAGGACUCGAAGGCCAACGCAAGGGUGGUGGAGAUCUUCGCUAGCCACCGGAACGGGUGGCAGGAGGAGGAGAGGAGGCUGAUGCAGCAGCUGGACGAGGCCAACGAGGAAAUGGCUCACUUGAGGGCGAGGAUGGAGGAGACCGAGAGGGUCGAAGCAGAGUACAAGGCUAGGGUUGAGGAGCUGGAGAGGGAGGUUGGGGAGAGGGACGAGAUGAUUGGGUUCAUGUCAAGGAGGGUUGAGUUUGGAGAAGAGAGUGACAGGAAUGGAGGCCAUGGUGAUGUGGAGGAAGCGAGUGAGUAUGAUUACGGUCAGCAGCAGCAACAUCACCACCACCACCACCAUCAGUAUCAGUACCUGAAUCGGCAACAAGAAGAGCAGACUGGGAAUGUGUUUGGUUCUGAGUAUUUGGGAUCUGCUUCCAGGUUCUGGGCUGAGAAAGCCAGUGUUUGGCAGGAUGCACAGUAUGAAUCCCUCGAGUCAUUACCUCAUUCAAAGCAUUACGUGACGAGAAGGGAGUCUCCUUGGAAACUGAACGGUGAAGGGGUUGGCGUCUCUUCUAAAUUGAAGUUACUCGAACAAGAAUUGUUGAAUUUGGAAAAAGUUGGGGAUGGUGAUCCUUCAAAGGUUCCUUUGCUAAUGAGGAAGCAGGCUAAAAGAUAUCAAGCUCUAGCUGGAAAGAUUGACGAUCUGUGUAGAAAGAUGCAAGCUAGCGAUCCUUGUGAACCAACAUUGAGCUCGGAAUUUAGGACUCAAAGGCAGACCGAGUUCUUGCUAGAAGCGUUCCGGCUCCAGCAGCGUGCAGCCGAGACAGGACAAAAACUGAUGGCACUACACGCUGAAGUUGGGAAGAGCUAUUACGUGGAGGAGCUCGGGGGCCAUGCCAAGCUGACCACGAGACGGUCCAUGGACUCGAUAAGGAACAACUUCAAGGAGAUCCAAAGAAACUUGGAGAUAUGGUUGGCUCGAAUAAUCGGGGACCUGAAGGGGAUUCUUGCCAGAGACGGGGCGUCUCGAGUGAGAGAAUAUUAUGUUGCAAGAUACCCUUUUGUGCAGUAGAAUCUCUAGUACCGUAUUAAGCUCUAAUCUUCGACAAACGGUUGUGAUUUUUUUUUUAAUCUGACCCGAGACUAUGAAGUAGCAAUCAUAAGCUGCAUGGCAUGGCACUGAAAUGGAAGCUGUACAUGAUGGUUUUUGGUGACAUCAGAAAUUAACUGACAUGUGUAAUUAAAAUUGCAGUUACCAUAAGGAUUGGA